CGACUUCCUCAGUUCAAAGUUAAACAUUCUAACGUGCGUGUUUCGCUAGGGUAGCGGUAACUCUCUGUGAAGUAUGUGGCCCGUUUUAAUAUGAAAACGCUUUCAGUCGUUACCUCUGCGUGUGUACUUUGUCGGCCUCGUCGGAUAUGUCCGUGAACGCAUCAAAGCACGAACUGAUCCAGCUGAUCUACCGCCAUUUGAAGGAGCAUGGUUUCCACUCGGCAGCAGACGAGCUGGAGAGGCACAGCCCACAGGUCCCCACUGUGCACACACACAGGGACCGUGACAGAGAGGGGCUGACAAAAAUAUCUGCAUCAUUACUGGAGAUCUACAGUUCAUGGUUAAACCCCGACAGUGACUCAGCCAAGUGCUCUAAUUCUAAAGAACAUGGAAGGACUCCGGCUAAAGCUACAAAAAUCCAAAGUCCAACCACCUUCAAUCAGACUCAAGCUGAGGAUGACGGCAGCUCAGACAGCGAGGAGCUCAGUCAGUUCGUAUCACAGACUCCCUCAGCUCUCGGUAAAAAGUCAGCACCCAGAACCCCAGUGAAACCAGUGGCAGCAGCAUCUCCACACAAAAAGAAACCAACAUCAGUAUCAAAACUGACACCAGUGAAGCAACAGAAAUCAACACCAACAGCCAAGAAUGUCAAAUCUAGCAAAAACUCAUCCGAGCAUGUAGAAGAUGCUAUGAAGACCCAAGCUGACGUCCAACUCGAGGCUCUUUCCUCAUCCAAGAAAGAUAAAAAGAGAAAAAAGGGCAUAGAAGGCAAAGAUCAAGCCUCAGCUAAGGCUGCCAAGACUAAGGCUGAUGCCACCACUCCAAAAGUCAAAAUUCCCAGGAAAAAAGGCAGCACCACCUCUACAGUUGAAAAAAACAGAGACACAAAAAAAGACACACACAAAAAAAAGAAGUCUGUGCCAGCAAAAAGGAAAAAAAAUGAAGGGAAAUCUGCAGAAAAUGUCAUCAAGGUGAAGAAAUCAAAGACCCAAACAAAGGACAACGUUGAGGCUGCUGGUGGAGAUGAUUCAGACUCUGAAAGCAGUCUGGAUGUAGAGAAAUGGAAGAAACUGGUCCUGCAAUUGACAGAGGCUGACAUAGCCAAGAUGGACACCAUCAACGCUUUGGACUCCUCUACACCACAGCCCAAGAAAAAGAGAGUCAGAAAACCCCGGGCUAAGCCCCCUGCAAAAACUGACACUCCCAUUCAACUGAAUAACGGGUCAGAUGGAAAGAAUGAAAAGGUGGAGGAGAAAGCUACAACAGAGACACCAACAAAGAAGAGUAAACACAAGAAGAGCAGUCCAAAAAAGACUGUACCUGCGACUUCCUCUGCCACCCCGAGCCAAGAACAAAACUUCAACGCUGUAGAAGACAGUCCAGCUACAUCCACACUCUCUCCUCCAAAACAGACACCAGUGAAAGAGAAAAGGAAAGUCAUGACUUCUGGUGACGAAAAAAAUGAUGAGACAAUGUUCGAGCCCAAGAAGAAGAAGAAGAAGAAAAAGGAGAUGACUGAAGACAAGGUGGAAGGGGAUGCAAUUGAGACUGGUGAGGAUGGACAAGAAAAAGAGAGUAAAGAAGAGAAGAAGAAAAAAAAUGAAGUCACAGAGCAAGAGUGUGUUGAUAAACCUGUGAUAGAGAAAAACGAAAAUGAGGAUGCUGAUAAUGAGGAAAUUUCAGAGCCAGUAGUAAAAGAAAAGAAAGCCAAGAAGAAGAAAAAGGAGAAACCUGAUUGUGAGGACACUUCAGAGCAGACAGCUGAAGAAAAUAAAGUAAAGAAGAAGAAAAAGACAGCUGAUAGUGAGGAAAUUCCAGAGCAGGUAUCUGAAGAAGUAAAACAAAAUACAGAGCAGUUAGGUGAAAAAAAGAAAGCAAAGAAGAAAAAGGCAGUGGAAAGUGAGGAAACAUCAGAGAAAAAAGUUAAAGAAGACAAAGAAUAUACAGAGCACAUAGCUGACGAAAAGACAGCAAAGAAGAAAAAAAGGGAGACAGGUAAUAGCGAGGAAAAAUCAGAUGAAAUAGUUAAAGAAAAGAAAGCGAAGAAGAAGAAAAAGGAAAACCCUGAUGAAGAAAAUCCAGAGCAGAUAGUUGAAGAAAAGAAAAAGGAAAAAAAGGACAAGGCUGAUCAUAAUGAGACGAUUUUGGAACAGAUUGUUGAAGAAAAUAUAACGACAAAGAAAACAGAGAGCUGUGAAAGAGAGGAAAAGCCAGAGCAGACUACUGAAGUGAAGAAGAAAAAGAAAAAGAACUCAUCAUCGAAAAAUAAUUCAGAUGACACAGAGCCACUACCUCCUCCCGACCCUGAGACACCAAGUCCUCCAACAGAGAAGAAGAACAAGAAAAGCAAGUUGAAAUCGGCUGAAGUUCCAGAAACGCCUGCAGUUUCUGUCCAAGAUGCCACAGCAACACAAACAUCCUCCAGCGACACCCACAAAAAGAAAAAGAAAUCCUCCAAGAGCACAGAGUCCUGAAGAUGUUUGAUUCUUCAUUGGUGCAGAACCAAAGGAUGAAGUCAACACAUCCCCUCCACCCUAUUUCUAAUCAUAUUUAAUGGUUAGAAGGAUUGCUUAAAACUGUAAAGAUGGACUGAUUUUUUUUUUUUUUUUUUUUUUUUUUUAAUUUUGGUACAUUUUUACAUUUUUAUCUUUUUUAUAUGUUUUAUGUGUUUUACCAUGCUGAAUGUGGCAUACUGUGCCACAACUGUCUUUUUUUCGCAAUGGUUUGUACGGUAAUUGUCAUUUUUAUGGCAUGAAUAUGUAAAAAGGGUAGUAACUGACAAGGAAUGGAUGAUCCCUCUCAGGAUAAUUGUGAAAUUCAGUCACUGACUGAACGGAGAUCUGUCUCUUUUGAGCUCAUUCUCCUUCAGUCUGGGGAAUUUUCUCCCAUGAUACUGUAAACUAAAUUAUCCUGGUUCUCUGAAUCACUAACCACAUCUCAGAUAUUUUUAUAGUGAUUCAGAUAUUAUAAUGAAAUUAAACUGUAUAUGUUUACUAUUAGUCCAGCUGUCUUGUAAUUGACACAAAAGAAAAAAGUUUUUGUGGAGUUAUUUUUAAAAGUUAUUUGGAAAUUGUUUAAAUAGCCUAUUUUGGUAUUGGUUGACUGUUCAAUGUUUGUGAAAAGCAUGUUUUUUAAACAAAAAUUUGUUUGAUAAAGCUUUUACAUAUGCACUGCACAUUGUGCAAAAU